CCAGAGCUAUUGUACAAGUGGGGGAAACUGAGGCAAAGAGGCACGUGAUUUGCCCUAGCUUGAGGUGGGGGACAGCAGCAAGUCUGGGAGGGGAAAUCAGGAGUCCAGGCUUGCUGCAUGGCAGCCUCUUAGAUGGACGUGGAGCAGCGCCCAUGAGUCCUGCCUCUGUUGGGCUGCUUUAGCCAGGCAAGCCUCCAGCCAGGAGCCAGGGGUCCUGUCCUGCAACCCACGAGACUUGGAAGCUCCUUCUCUCUUUGGGAAAGGGCAGGGAGAGCCAGCUGCAGUAGGCCGGCAGGGAACGGGUGUCAGCAGCUGGGGAUAAGGAAAUGGAACAGAGCUGGAAUCACACUCCCACCCACCUCCGUCACCGAGCCCCACCUCCCCGCCCUGCCUUCUGCAUGCUAGACACCAGCCUCCCUCAUCUCCCCAGCACAGCUCCACUGGGCGGCACGCAGAGCAGAGCCUCGCCACGCGCCUGCACCCACGCUCCACACCCGCUCGCUCCAGGCCACUCGGCUCCUGUGCAGCACUGAGCAUCCUGCCCUCGCAAGGAUGCUGCUGCUGCUGCUGCUCACCAGUGCACUCAGCUGUUGGGGACAGGAGGCAGACCCCUUCCCUCUGCCAGCCCUGCACACCUUCACCAUGCACCUGCUGGCUGACUUCAAUGAAACCACCGUACAGUUCCUGGGCAACGCCACCCUGGAUGGGGUGCUGACCCACAGCCUGCAGGGGCAUGAGGCCAGCCAGCAGAUCCCGCUGGAGUCCCCGGACCAGUGGGAAAAGACAAAGCACAGCCUGGAGACUUAUCUCACUUACUUUAGUGGCACCGUCCGCCUUGCUGCCAAGGAAAGGAAUAUGCAGUACCCUCUGCACUUGCACUGCAUGCUGGGCUGCCAGCUCUUCGCCAAUGGCACCUCCCAGGGCUUCCACGAGGUGUCACUUAGUGGAGAAGAAUUCCUGAUCUUCCUGCCCCAGAGGCCCCCCAACACCUCCUGGGAGCUGCAGAGGCCAAAGGAGAACGACCUGCUGGGCCCCUUCGUCUUGAAGAGGCUGAACAGUUACCCCGAGACCACCUCCCACCUGCAGGCCUUCCUGAAGACCCAGUGCCCGGACUUCAUAAGGAAGCACCCCUGGAGGGACAGCUCUAAAAGACGUGAUCCCCGUUCACACACCCCGCUGGUGCUGGGCCUCACCUUGGGGGCCUUUGCUUUGGCAGGCUUGGCCAUGGGCAUCUUCCUCUGCACGGGAGGGAGGACGUAGUGGUGGUGGAGGUCUCACCCCCCCUGCCAGCCCAAUGUGGAACUCUGCUAUGGCAACGGACCUGCUCCAUCCUGCCCACAGGAGUCCCCAUGCCCCUCCUGGUACCAGCACUUCUGCCUGACCUGGGAGCAGCACUGCCCCAGC